UGUUAUAUUUGUUCAGUAAUAUGGCUAAUUUAAGUAACAACGAAUAUAAGAAAAGCGAUUUUGACUGGAACGAAAUAAGCGUGGGCGAUUACAACCUUGAUCAUUCACAAAAUUUUUUUACAGCUGCUUCAUCAAACAGGUCAAACGCAAUGGGUGAUACAAUAGAUUUUUUGGAUAAUUAUAAUUCGAAAAAUGCAAAUUUGAAUUUCGACUGGAACGAAACCAAAACAAGCGCCAAUAAAAUGGAAUAUUCAAGCGAUUUGUGCGCGGCUGCUUCCUCUUCCAACAAGGAAAACUUGAGUGAUCAGUUCAACACGAACUGGAGGAUGACGCGGCAGAAACAGUACAAAUCCGCCUGUGAUCAAAAUUUAAUUGAAGAGGACGUAAUAAAUUUAAAAACUACUGAGUUGAUUAAGAAGGAGAUACAGGAUGAAUCAGUUUGUGAUCAGAAUUUUAACGCAGUGAAUAUAGUAAGCUAUAAAACAGAACAGGCGUCUUAUCAAAAUUGUGAUGAGGAUGAUAUAGUACAUAUUGAAUCUAAACGUCAGAUGCAGUUGCAAUUGGAUUUGUCAACCGAUUCUUUACAAGGUGAAGAGGAAACGGUGGAUUCGCCAAUUCCCGAGCACACUGAAUCUUUAAGGGAUCAGGAGGUGGAUGAGAUACUUGGAUUGAAGCCCAGAUUGAAGCUCGAUUGGACUCCUUUAGCGAAAAGCCAAGCCGAGCAAGGACCUGUUGGAAAGGCGCCAAGGGUUUACGAAUGCAAGAAUACUUAUCAGGCCAAGCGGGAGAUGAUGAUGCGGCAACGAGAGGAGGAGGAGCGUAAGGCGCGUCAAUUUCAUAGCAAGCCGGUGCCAAAUUUUAAAGCAUUGCAUAAGCGUUUGGCUGAUACAAUUGUUAUCCAUAGGAUAACGGUGCCUGUGACGCCGGAAACAUUGAAGCAUUCCUACGAGCAUUUGGAGCGGCGAAAACGCCGGGAAGAGAACUCGAAAAUAUUGCAACAGGAAUAUGAUAUUGCCAAAAAUGUACGAAGAGCUGGCCUUGCCGAAUUGAAACCAUUUCAGCUGCGCUCUGACCAGCGCGUGCGCGAACGUCGGGAGUAUAAUAAUGUCGUCCAAUGUAAUCUUGAUGAGAAAAAGAAGAAGGAAGACGAACAACGCAAGCAACGAGAAAUGGAGGAAGCUAAGGAACUGCGCAAAAUGACGGAAUUUAAAGCUCGUCCAAAUCCAUUUACCUACAAUAAAGAAAAACAAUAAUAAUAAUAAUAAUGGAUACACGCACAUACACACAUACCACAUACCCAUACUUAUAUAUAUAUUUUCUAAAUAUUUUUUUUUUGUUUUUUUCUUGAGUUCCAUUAUUCUAAUGAAUCAUUGCUUAUAUAUAGAACA